GGAUGAUCAGCAACUAAACUACCAGCGAAAUCUUUUGACAUCUUAUUUAGUUUCAAAAAUAUGAAGAGAGAGCGAGUAAAAAGAAUUAUACCGUGGAAGUGCUUAACUUUAUCGCUACCAUUGCUACAGCGGUUGGACUACAGACUUGAGAAGCAAAGAGAACAAAACAAAAACUUCCUACGGACUACACGCGUUCGUGCCGAGACCCAUCUUCUUCUUUCUCUCGUUCUUUCUUUCAUUUCGUUCUUGUCGCUCAUAUCAUCACCGGCAAAUAAUGAAAGGGCAUGAUCGACAUUUAAAACUCGAAUGACACUGUCAAUCUGACAGUCACUCAAAACAUGACAUCGCCGGCAGUUACGGUCAGACGGGGUGUCUAUGCGAACAAGCUGGAUGCUGCGAUGAACACAGCAAUCAGCAUGCCCACAGAGGAAUCACCUGCCACGCGAAGCGUUGAUGCUGGGUUGCUGGUGACUGCCGGCUCGUUCGUCUUAGUGGGUGUGGUGGUGGUGGGAGUUGCGGUGGAUUUAGAAGCGUCCACCUUUUUCCGACUCGCGGUUGGCACAGGGUCUUUAUUCGGAGACUUAAAAGGGUCCAGGGUUCCCAUGCAUUUCGUUUGCUCCUCCUUGCAGGCUCUUUGGCCACUCAAGUCAUCGGGGUGGUUUUCGAUGCAUUGCGCAUAGGUCUCCGUGCAGAGGAAGAACGGGAUCGUGUUUUUGUACUUGGUAAGGUCUGGAGUUGAUCCAUCGCCGCAGGUGCAGGUAUAGGUCAAAUCACUCUACUCGCGAAUCAGCUUGAUUGCAAAGAUCGAUAAACAUAUGGAAAGCAGCACGAAUGAAAUUGUUGCGUCAAAAUUAUAAAAAAAAAAAAAAAAAAUAAAAAAAAAAAAAAAUAAAAAAAAGAAAAAAAAAAGAGAGAGAGAGAGAGAGAGGGAUACACGUACCACGCUGCACCUGUUGACUGAGGCAAAGCUCUUGCAAACAGAAGGGCAAGCAGCUGUUUGGGCAUCACACCAAGCAACUAGACAUUACUUUGUUAGCCGCACACGCCAACAGCGCGCAAAAUUGUUUCUGAGUGUCACUGGUUUUCUGAAAGCAAAUGAUGUGCUGUACUUACGUUUCUGUUCUUUGGAAACAGAAUCAGGGUUGAAGCUUUGGGCGCGGAUGCCCGUCACCAGCAGGGAGAGCGAGAAGACAACAGUGGAGAGCAACAUUGUCACAGUGUGUGAGCGGCCUCAGCUAACUACAGAUAGGAACGAAGCGCAACAGAAUUUGAAGAUGGGUUUCGGCAGAGUCGCGAUUGAAGUCGGUCGACUAGAGCAGUAUACAGCUAAGGAAUAUUUUUUUGCCAAUGCGACUAACUGGCUGGGUUUUGCUUGGUUGAGGUUGAGAGCGCGAACUAUCUUCAGAACUCUGCGUUCGUUGUUAUUGUUGCCCUUGUUGUUGUGGUGGUGGUGGUAGUUGCUGUGGUGCUCGUUGCCCUGCCGUUGAGCGUGAAGCUGUCAGUUGAUGGAUCUGCGUGAGGAUCUCCAUGGGGUUGGGGAGAGCAGCGGUGAUCAGCUUAACUUACAUCCAAUAUCUCAGAGAAUAAUAUGUGCAGUGAAUGUACUGUACUGUACCACUAUGUAAUUGAAUGCUGCGCGGAAUGGAUACACAGUGACCGUUGGAGAUAAAAGAAUCGGAGGAAGAAUCAGCGCAAUUGCCUGAGGAAGAGCCUUGGAAAGUGCGCAAAAGCCCAAACAGGCAAAAAUGAAGGUGCGGAAGGAACGGCGCAUAAAUAACAGCCAACAAUUUCCACUGCAGGCGGGCUCCUUCCUACCCAAUGGGGAUAUUUGCAAACUAGCGAUGCUGUUCCCGGUUGGACAGUGACUUGUGCUACCAUACAAUUUUGUAUGGGGCGGGGUGUAUCUGCCAAUAAUAUGGAUCACGAAGGAUAUUAUUCUGGUUGGCACAGUUACACCGCCGGGGCAUUCCAAGCUUUUUUUCUCCUCUUUUCAUCUUGCCUCAAAGGGACGCUAACAACUAACAACAAAAAACAGGGACGACGAAGUAAUCCUGUUGGAAAUGCUCAUUUUUUUUUUGGCUGAAUACUCUGUACUGUCCCCACCGGUCAUCUAACACAUUACCCACAGGGUUUCUUUCUUUCUUCAAUUCAACGAAAACCAACCAAUUGCACUCAUCAGUAGUAUUCCUCCCUCUCCCUCCCUGUCUCGUUGUCCCUUGAGGAAAUUGAGCGCGCCAACUUGUCAUAUGUCAUUAGCAUGGCUAGCUAGCGUAUCCCGGUUAGUUAAGCCAUGGUUUCCCCAUGCUGGGAAGGACUCACCUUUUCAGCCAAUUGGGCUGCUCGUGGCUUGCUCACCUCAUCGUUGGCAUAUGAGAACGGAGGUGUUAUCAGCAAUCAUGAAACCUCCACGAGUUAUUCUUUAGCGUCCGGUCCGUCCCGCCUAUCACUGCUAUCAGCUUCGAUCCAGCGAUCUUCUCUCAAUUUUGCGCUCUGUGCAUUCUGCAGCUCUGCAUAAACUCUAUUCCAACAACGAAACACGCGGGAUACUUGCGGAAGCGGUCAGCAAUGUCUUCUUGCCAUAGUACUCCAUAUUGUGUGUCCGACAUGGAAGCUGGCGAUCAGUUUUCCCCGCAGAGAAGCAAAGGCAACUGAGAGAAAAAUGUCAAUCCAUCAGGAAUGCUGCCAGCUGGAAUGACUAAUAUAUUACUAACAGCCCUAACUCCCGAGCCGAGGUCCAACUGGGCUCUGACAACUCUGAUAACGGUAUCUGGCUUGGCGGAAUAGAAAAAGGAGAAGAUACAAGAAAACAAUAACAGGAAGUAGAUGAAAAGCAUUCCUGGCUAUGAUGCGGUUGAUAUUCGUUUCCUUCAUACGUCUAUCUCCAGAAGCGUUCCCAAUCUGCCAAUUGAUCAACAGCUCUCGGCAGCUCCGCUAGGGAAUCCGCGCCUCAUUCAGAGGAAUCAUCCUUCUACCAGGAAAAGGGAUAAAGAAAUAGAUAAAUUGAAAAAUUGAAAAUAAAAACCGCAGCCAUGUCUUCCUCACCUACACCCAUGGACCAUCCGGCCUACGAGGUCCCCGCGGAAACCCUCAACCACUUCCAAUCGGACCCCUGGACCUCCAGCUUCCUUAACCUCUCCACCCACACCGCCGUAGAAACAUACUCCAGAUCCUCCGACCUUUCAACCGGCGAAGACGCCUUCUUUGCCCACACAAUCGGCUCGCCAACCACAAUCCCCUACUGCCUGACCCUGCGCAAGAAGCACCCAGACACACCCCCGACAAAACCGCCAUAUACGACUUUCCCCCCCCCGGCCACAGGCCCCAACGCACCCAAGACAACCCCAAUCCAUUCAAGCAAAGUCGACCUCUUCGCGCUCUUCGCGCUCGGCUCGCCGGGCAUAAGCGGCCACCCAAGCACAGCACACGGCGGCGUCGUCGCCACCUUACUUGACGAAAUCAUGUCCCUAGCCGUCUCGCUACAUAUCCCGGGCUACCACGAGAACGAGGGCGUGGAGCGCGCGCGGCUAUACACGGCGCAGCUGGAUAUUAGGUACCGGAAACCCGUGCGGGUUCCCGGCAUGGCUGUUGUGAAGGCGUGGUGUGUGGCGAGGGAGGGGCGGAAGGUUUUCAUGCGCGGACAGCUUGUGCAGGAGGAAGGGGAGGCUAAGGGGAGGGGGAAGGGCCAGCUUGAAUGGGUUAAGAGGAAGAUUGUUUGUGCGGAGGCGUAUGGGGUUUGGGUGCAGGCAAGGGCGGGGAAGUUAUGAUUCUUACGGUUUUUCUUUUUGGAUUUCACUGCAUAUAUAUUUAUAGAAUUAUUCUUGUAGGUACUCUUGUAGAACUGGUCUCGAGGGAUUUGAGGGACGAUGAACAAGUUUGUACAGGGGCAUAGAUAAUACGUUACCCUCGCCCUAUCCAUAGAGGUUACUUGGCGCAUUUUAUUGGAUAUUUUCUUUCUGAUCAGAUCACGGAGCGAAUGCAUGCGCCCUGCACUCUUAUUACAGCACAUAACCUCCUCGAAUUCGGCUUCGCAAAAAGACGCAAUGAAUCAAUUAGUCCGAACUUUCUUUUACAAUUUUUACUCUCCUGUUUAUACUGUUAUCAUUACUUCAGGAUAGUCUUAUGGUCAGGCAAGACAAUAAUAGCAAGGGCGCA